CGGCUCUCCAUUCCCGUUUCACCGGCAUCAAGUGCAGCCCGAACACACACUCCCACUGCACAUACACACACACACACACACACACACACACACUCCCGGUGCAUGCUGCAGGCUGGAUUGUCCAUUGUUGUUCAGAUCUUUACCAUGAAAUAAAGCAGGACUUUCUUCUGGAAUAAAGAAGCAGCUGUUUGGAGAUCUUCUCCUCCAUCAGGCUCUAUGAUCUAACAGGUGUGUGUGUAUUAGAGAUGGGACCCGUACCCCUGAGUCUCCUGCUCUCUGUACUGUUUCUGUUGUGUGUAACUCCGGCUCUGAGCUCAGGUGAGGAUGACUACACCUGGCCUCAGAGGAAGAUGCCGCUCGUGAUAGACCGACGAACGGUGCGUCUGAGCGUCUCGAGCUUCUCGGCUGAACGUCGGUCCGAGCUGAACAGCACGUGUGGGAUCGAAUGUCAGCGCGAGUUUCCAGAGCCAAGCCUGGAGGCUCUCCAGGAGAUGCUUUCUUACGAGACCAUGUACGAGAACGGCACGCGCACACUCACGUCCGUCACGCUGCAGGAGCUUGAGGUCACGCCCGAGAACACGUCUUCGUCCUCCACAUCACGGCGUAAGCGUGAGGUCUACGGCCCGGACACGCGCUUCACCAUCUCUGACAAGCAGUACUCGAUGAAGUAUCCGUUCUCCACUGCCGUGAAGCUUUCCACCGGCUGCACCGGCGUGCUCGUGUCACCCAAACACGUGCUGACCGCCGCGCACUGCAUCCACGACGGCACGGAUUACAUCAAAGGAGCAGAAAAAUUAAGUGUGGGAGUUCUGCGUGACAAGAAGAAGGGAGGAAAGAAAAGACGAGGGAAGGGCAGAAAGGAGGAGGGAGAGGCCGAGAAAGUGGACACGGAGAACACGGAGAUCGGGGGAAAGAAACGAGAGCGAAAGUAUAAAGGUCGGAAGAGUCGGAGCAGGAGGAGCGCGGCGUCUGGAAAGCCAACGUUUCGCUGGACGCGCGUGAAGAAGACGCAGAUCCCCAAAGGCUGGUUUAAGGGCGUGUCUGACAGCGCAGAGGCAGAUUACGAUUACGCCGUGCUCGAGCUGAAGAAGGCGCAGAAGGUGCAGCACAUGGAGCUCGGCAUCAUCCGGUCUGUGAGAAAGCUGCCCGCUUCACGCAUCCACUUCUCAGGGUUCGAUGACGACCGGCCCGGGAACCUGGUGUACCGGUUCUGCUCCGUUUCAGACGAGUCCAACGACCUCAUGUACCAGCAGUGUGACGCCAAGCCCGGAGCGAGCGGCGCUGGUGUGUACGUGCGUCUGAAGGAGCCAGGGAAGAGGAAGUGGAAGCGGAAGGUCAUCGGCGUGUUCACGGGGCAUCAGUGGGUCCAGGUGAAUGGUCAGCAGCAGGAUUACAAUGUAGCUGUGAGGAUCACGCCGGUGAAAUUCGCACAGAUCUGCUCCUGGGUACAUGGUGACUCCAGCAUGUGCCAGAACACCUAAUGGAAUUAAACUACCCCUGUCUAUUACCCCUUUAACACCUGCUCCCACACUUUAUAACCUUGGAGUUAUCCAAACAGUGUGAGGAAGUUUAGCAGUUUAGACAUAUAAUCAAAACCCCAUCUGCCCUCUCCUUUACCCCAUCUGCCCCUCCUUUGCCCCAUCUGCCCUCUUCUUUACCCCAUCUGCGCUCUCCUUUUCCCCAUCUGCCCCCUCCUUUACCCCAUCUGCCCCCUCCUUUACCCCAUUUGCCCCCUCCUUUACCCCAUCUGCACUGUCCCUUACACAGUCUGUCCCCUCCUUUACUCCAUCUGCCCCUUCUUUGCCCCAUCUGCCCUCUCCUUUACCCCAUCUGUCCCUGCCUUUACCCCAUCUGCCCCUCCUUUGCCCCAUCUGCCCUCUUCUUUACCCCAUCUGCCCUCUCCUUUACUCCAUCUGCACUGUCCCUUACACAGUCUGUCCCCUUCUUUACCCCAUCUGCCCUCUCCUUUACCCCAUCUGCCCCCACCUUUACCCCAUUUGCCCCCUCCUUUACUCCCAUUUGCCCCCCCCUUUACCCCAUCUGCACUGUCCCUUACACAGUCUGUCCCCUCCUUUACUCCAUCUGCCCCUUCUUUGCCCCAUCUGCCCUCUCCUUUACCCCAUCUGUCCCUGCCUUUACCCCAUCUGCCCCUCCUUUACCCCAUCUGCCCCCACCUUUACCCCAUUUGCCCCCUCCUUUACCCCAUCUGCACUGUCCCUUACACAGUCUGUCCCCUCCUUUACUCCAUCUGCCCUCUCCUUUACCCCAUCUGCCCCUCCUUUACCCUAUCUGCCCUCUCCUUUACCCCAUCUGCCCUCUCCUUUACCCCAUUUGCCCCCUUGUUUACCCCAUCUGCACUGUCCCUUACGCAGUCUGUCCCCUUCUUUACCCCUUCUUACCCCACCAGUGUUGUCCAUUACCCUGUCUGCACCCUUCUUUAUCUCAUUUGCCACUCCUUUACCCCAUCUUUCCUGUCUAUUACCUUAUCUGCCCCUCUUUUACCCCAACUGCGCUGUCCAAUACCCUGUCUGUCCCCUCCCGUACCGUCUUCCCCCUCCUUUACCCCAUCUUCCCUGUCCUUUACCCCAUCUGCCCUUUCUCUUAUACCCCGCCUUCUUACCCCCAUUUUUGCCGAGUCUUUAACCCUGUAUUUUUUUAAUAAUUGUAUAUUUUAGCCAUGCUGCAGUCCGACCCUGUUCUUCUGCAGUGAUAAUCCCUCACUGGAACACAAACAGUUCAGAAACACUUCUCUCUUUAUCCUCCAUUAAACCUGCUAAAACUAUUUUUUGAGGAUUCUGGAAAUGAAAGUAAAACAUUUUUAGCCUUCGCAUGUCGCCGGUUGCUUUUCUGCAAAUUUGCUAGUUUAUGACUCGGAAAAAGAGUUUUUCUAAGAGAAGAAUUUACUAUUCACUUUUUUGGGUUUAAAUUGUUUCCUAUAAAGUGUGUUUUAAUGUUCCAGAAUCUCCUCAGUGUUCUGACGGCGUCGCGGUCGUCACGGUAACCUGCUCGGUUUUGCUGUAAGUUCCGUUCACGUGGUCCCGGUCAGUGCGGUCACCCACGCAGACGCCGGACAUUUUGGUGCUAAUUUAAUGUUUGCUGUUGGACAUUUCCUCUCCCGCGGCCGGUCAGUGUUCUGAGUAAUGUACUGUAGAUGAUAGAAAUCUUUAGUGUUCUAAAUUUAAUGUUAAAAUGACAGAAAGUUAUUUAAAUUGUUGUUGUUGUUAUAAUGAAGUAAAAGUGUUAAUAACGGAGGAGGAAAUCAGGAGCUGAUGAAAAUUCAUAUUUUCCAAAAAUGUGUUGGAUUUUUUUUUUUAAAGACCAAAUAAAUUAUGAUUGAUAAAAAGUC